UCAGUCGAGUAACAUCCAUGGCUUCAAUAUACUGGGUAAUGAAGUUAAAGUCUUAGCUUACGCAGACGAUCUAGCGUUCUUCUGCACGGAUAAGUCCAGUGUUGAAAAAGUAGUAUCGAAAAUAGAAGAAUUUGGCAGUGUAUCAGGAGCGCGAAUGAACUCCUCAAAAAGUUUAGGCUUAUGGUUUGGCUCAUGGUGCUAUACACCAAAACAGUUUGCAGGCGUUAAGUGGACUGAUGUCCCGCCAAAGUAUCUUGGCGUGCCGCUAGACGCAUAUAAAUUAAGCGCACACUAUUGGAAAGAACGGGUUUCGGUACUGCAAAGUUACGCCCAGACAUUCGUUCCACAACGACUUUCUAUUUUUGGGAAAGCCGAAGCCUGCAAUAAGUUCUUGGCAACAAAAAUUUUCUAUGUAUUGCAAGUUAUCCAUUGUGCUAGGCUAUACAUCCAACGCUUUCACCGUAUCUUUGCGACCUUCGUAUGGUCUUCAACUUUUGAGCCCAUGAGGCGAGACAACAUUUUUAGGCCUGUUAGCGAAGGUGGGCUGGGCUUAGUACACCUUUAUGUGCGGCAGAUAGUGUCUCGUUUCUUCUUUUUUCGCGAUACUUCCCAUCCUGUAAUUCGUUCAUACAUGCAAGUCACACUUGUUAAUGCGUUACCUGAUUUAGUUGUUUCUUCAAGUUUUUCUUCGCGCUUAUGCUUGUGGGGGUUCAUGCAAGAAGUUUACUUGGCGGUUCGUUUCCUGACAGUUCGGUUUUCCACUGAAUACUUGUAUUCUGUGUCGCGCAAAACGUUGUACAAAGACUUACUAUCCAUGCUAUUCCCUCCUCCACUUUACCGAUCAAUAUACAUUAAAUUGCCAGGCCACGAUGUGCUAAAGCGAGUUCGCAAAAUGUAUUUAUCCCCUUGCUGCAAAACAUUCUUUUAUAAAGUUCAUAGUGAAACCAUACCGGUUAAAGCAUGGCUACAAAAAAAGGGUAUCUUUGUCUCUUCUGUUAACUGUCGCCUUUGUGAUGUACCAGAGACAAUUGAACAUUGUUUUAUUAGCUGCACCGACGCCAUCCUUUUUUGGGAUGUCCUCCAACGGACUUUAAAGAAAGACUUUGAGAUUAACGCUCAUACUGUGCGAUACCUGCUGCCAACCUCUGAUAAUAGUGCACCUUUCGAUAUGUUUUUUGUCAUGGGAAUGCACAGUUUGUGGAAAACGCGAAUGAUGGACCGCAACGCCGAAACGGUUGUACCUACAAGGGCAAAUUUCAUCCAAAUGACGCUACACCUAAAGCAGGUUUAUGAUGGACUCGGUGUGCAACCGGACUGGUACCCUAUUUUGGUGAGGUGCUUAUCCUUGCCACCCUUCUAAAGUGACACGAACGUUUCUACUCACAGUAUGAACGCUGCCUCUUCUGUGUGACUUUCAUUGUGCCCUCCAUUCUCUGACUAUGCAGAACUGGUGAACGUCUAGUUGAAUGCAACUAUAAUAAAUACCAUGAAAGAAAGAAAAAAAAAAGUCAGGGGUGGUGCAGUGGUAAGAUGCCGGGCUCGGAAUCGUGAGGUCGCAUGUUCGAAUCCUAGGCGAAGACGUUUUUUUUUUAAUUUUUUUUUUUACUUUUAUGUUUUUCUUUUUUGUACUAACAAAUUUACAUAACCUUACGGACGUCUCUGUCAAUUUUUUAUUAAAUAUUGAUCAAGAACUGCACAACUUUCUA